AUGCAGUUUAUUCAAAGCCGCAGAAUCGAAAGAGAUCCGUUUGGUUUGCUUGAUCACGUCAUCAUGGACAGUGGUUGCACCAACACCACCAUUUGUAAUGGUGAGCUCAUGCAUGGACUACAUCAAGCUGAGAAAGAGCUCGAUAUGCACACUAACGUGGACAGCAGAGUUCUUGAUGAAGAAGGAUUUCUAGGACAAUUCCCGCCUCCAGUCUAUUUUGAUGAAGACAGAAUUGCCAAUGUACUUGCUAUGCGUGAGAUGAUUGCUGCGGGAUACCGCAUUACCGUGGAUACUGAUUUUGACAAUGCCUUUGUUGUGCAUUGCGAUGGAGACAGACAGAUGCAAUUUGUGAAUUGUAAGGGUGUGUAUGUGUUGGAGCAACUUGGAGCGGAUGUCAAACCAUGUGCCAAAGAGACAAGUGCAAUGUAUCGUUGA